UCCUAGUGCAGCUGUAUCUGAAGGGCUUUAUUGUAUUGAAGCUUUGCAGCACCAUUCAUAGUACCUUUCAUCCGCCUACUCUACUCCUAUAAAGUGCAAAGAUGGACCAGGCCUCUGCUCAGGAUAAAAGCCAGAAGUCAACAAAUUUCGACACCGACUCGAUGCUUGCAAGAAUGGUGGACAUUGGAAAACCAGGAGCAGGCUUUACAACCAAAAUUGGGGAACAAGAAAUCAUGGAUUUGACCGUUGCUGCAAAACAACUCUUUACAUCGCAGCCAAUGAUGUUAGAGUGCAAUGUGCCGCUCAAUGUCUGUGGAGAUAUUCAUGGUCAACUGAGCGACCUUAUACGCCUUUUUGAUAUGGUGGGAUGGCCGCCGACUGUGAACUACCUAUUUCUUGGAGACUACAUCGAUCGUGGCCGAUGGAGCAUAGAGACGAUAAUGCUGCUGCUUUUGAUAAAGUUGAAAUAUCCUGAAAAUUUCCUACUACUUCGUGGCAAUCAUGAAACGGUAAUUGUCAAUAGGAUAUAUGGCUUUUAUGAGGACCUUAUUCGUCGUUUUGCAACUCCACGUUUAUUCAAUUCCUUUCAGGAUGUUUUUGCAAUGAUGCCAUUGUCUGCGUUGAUUUCCAAUCGUAUUUUAUGCAUGCAUGGAGGAUUGUCUCCACAGCUAUUGAGCGCUGACUCAAUCGAGAUUCUCAAUAAAAUUGUUCGCCCUAUAGCAGACCCACCUAAUCCUUCGCUUCCACUUGACCUACUAUGGGCUGAUCCGGACAUCAACACAAAACAGUUUAAAUUCAGCAUAAGAGGUGUGAGUUGCACUUUUGGGCCAGAUGUGCUACAGACUGUACUGCAGAAGUACGGACUUGAUCUCGUUGUGAGAGCUCAUCAGGUUGUGCAAGAUGGUUACGAGUUCUUUUCGAACCGUAAACUAGUUACCAUCUUUUCGGCACCGCACUACUGUGGGCAAUUUGACAACGCUGCUGCCGUUAUGACGAUCAGUCCUGAACUGCAAUGCUCUUUCAAAGUUCUGCGCCCACAGUUCCCCGGACGGAGCAUAAAAACUGCUGAGCCUCGGGAUGUCACAGUUUACGGCGGAGUUCCCAAAAAAUGAGAUGAGAGACUAAAUGUAAUUAAUUGACACUGGAUUUCUUGCUUGUCCUUGCUUCGAAAAUCUGC